CUUGAUUUAGCGGGCGGUAAGACUCAGACUCGCUGCCUCGGACCAGGCGCCCCGCGAUUUUGCCGAUUCUGCGACUUGGCUGCGCCAAACCAGAACGAAUCGCGACACUCUCCGAAAUAUACAUUCAUGCCGGUGUAGAGAGGCGUCGAGGGGAACCAACGAUGCUCUUGGGGCUCUAGAGAACUCUCCAACACUGGGAUCUUUUGACUUGCCAAAGCGCACCUGCCUGAAGGACGAAAACGGCCCAGCAUGUUCAUCCUGACCAAGAUCGCCGACCUUGUCGAGAUCGCGCCAGAGGAUUUUCGCAAGAAGAGCGUUGCCGCUAUUGAGGACAACAUCAACGCAAAGUAUGCGAAUAAAGUUAUUCAGAAGAUUGGUCUCUGUAUCUGCCUGUACGACCUCCUCUGGACCUCCGAAGGUCUCAUCGGCCAUGGCACGGGUCUGGUCAAUGUCAAUGUCGAGUUCAGGCUCAUUGUCUUUAGACCUUUCAAGGGUGAGGUUAUGUUUGGCAGGAUCAGAAGUUCAACGCCAGCUGGCAUCAAUCUGAGAACCGAUUUUUUCGAUGACAUCUUUAUUCCCUUUGAUGAGCUUCCCGAGGGUGCUGAGUUUAACCACUCGGAACAGCUUUGGAUCUGGAACAUCGAGGGCGAUAGGCUUUUCUACGAUAACCAUGAGAUGGUCAGGUUCCAGGUCAUCGACGAGGAGUGGCACGACCAGACGCCUGCAGGCCCAAGUCAGGGAGAGGAAGCUGCACCACCCAAGCCACCCUACAAAGUGAAGGGCACCAUGGCUAUGGAGGGUCUCGGCGUUUGCCUCUGGUGGGAUGGACAAGGCAACGAGUAGGACUCGGGAAGCCCUUGGCCUGUCACCAAAUAUUUCAUCAUCAACGACGGUGUG